GUUGACCUGGCAUCCGCAUUUUGGCAUCUAGAAUUAGAUGAAGAGUCAAGCAAGCUGACAACGUUUUCUACCCUCUACGGAAGAUUCCGGUGGUUGCGCCUGCCCUUUGGUUUAAACGUGUCCAGUGAGAUUUUCCAGAUACGUCUCAACCAAGAGCUCCUGGGACUGGAAGGAGUGAGGUGUAUCGCAUAUGACAUUCUUGUGUACGGCACCAACGAGAAAGACCACGACCAAAACUUCGAGAGGCUACUGGAACGGUGUAAAGAAAAGAGCAUUAAGUUGACCAAAGACAAAUUGGAGUUCAAGUGUAAAGAGGUCUCAUUCCAUGGUCAUCCUCUCACCAAUGAAGGUUUGAAAGUCCACCCAGGUAAAGUGAAGGCGAUUAUGCAGAUGCCACGACCCACCACUCCUGAAGAAAUCUUACGUUUGAACGGAAUGAUGAAUUACCUAAGUCGUUUCCUACCCAACCUGUCGGAUGUUAUGAAGCCCUUGCGUGAUCUAAUUUACAAUAUCGGAAUUAAAUAAUAUAAUCAAGGUUGCCGGAGAUGAAAAAGCCAGUUUACUAACUGCUAUUCGCUUAAUCCAGUCUGAUGAUAUUAAUGUUAGAUCAAACAAUAACGAAUCUCAAGUAUGGACACGAAUAGAAAGUAAAACCCAACUAGGUAAAACAAAGAACCAAACACCUUCGCGACGUAUUAAUCAAGCGAGCAACCAAAUUUUAGAACCAAAUCAAUAUGCCUCGUUGGCGGUUGAUGAAUCUAAUGAAAACAAAGAUAUGGAUCAUAAUGUCACCCCUAGUUCAACACAUAUAGAAAAUUCGACAAACUCCGGUAGAAGAAUACAACACCAAAAGGAAAAGCAAAGAUACUCGGUCGAACCGACACAACAACACAAUGCCUCAAGCUCAAAGUCUACCGAAGGCCUGAUAGCGAUCCUAGGAGACUCGAUGUUAAAGAAACUAAGUCCUUCAAGAUUACGCCGUUCGACUGGGAAAAAGAUUAUAGUCAAGACGUUUCCUGGAGCAACUACUUCGGACAUGAAGCAUUAUAUUAAACCUACUCUGGAGAAAAAUCGAUCCCCAACUAGUCGUGAUCCACGUUGGAACAAAUGA